AUGUUAAAUUUAUUUGCAAAGGAUUUCAAUAAUUUUGGUCCAUACGAUUUAAACUGGGCUAAAUAUGAGUUGUGUAGAGGACCUAGAUCACAUAAUUCUACUUCAGUGUUCACAAAUUUGACUGAGAUAGGUGAUAAUCUGAUUGCUUAUUUUAAUAUUACUUAUUUAGAAGAGACUAAAAUUGAAGAUAUCAAAAUAACGGUUUAUUCGUUGAAGAGUAAUACUAAAAGUGUACUAUGGACGUAUAAAGUAACAGAUCCUUGCAAGCACUUUUCAUUCGGUGGUGUCAUUAAAGUUGUGUUUAAAACUCCUAACUGCGUUGUUAAUAAGGGCUCUUAUUAUGUUUAUCUUAAUUUGAAAGAAAUUAGUGCCACUUUUUUGGGAUCGUCUUUUUUCUAUGGAGAAUACCUGUUAAAGACUGUUAUUACUUCUAAAAAUGGAAAUAUUUUGUGCAUGAUUGUUAUUGAUAGAUUUUCAAAGAAAACUUAAAGUUAUCUAGAGGAAUUAUAAAAAUUUUGUAAUGAAAAAUAAACGAAUAUGAAGCAACAAUAUACUAUAGUUUUAAUUAUUUCGCUAAAUAUAAUAUUUUUAUUCUAAUUUUAAGACUAAAAUAGCUUAUAUUUUAAUUGGAAAACAAUAUUUUUACAAGUUUUUGUUUGACUAUAUCUUGUACUAUUUACCUUUUGUGGUAAGUAUUGAACUUAAAUUUUGUAAAAAUUGUUUGUGCUGGAGACAAUAUAAUACUCGCACUUUAUUUUAUUU